CCUUCUGUUCAACGUCCCUUACCUGCAAAGUGUGUGAGAGAGAGAGAGGAAGAGAGGGAGAGAGAGACCAGAAAGUGUUGGAACAUAAGGAUAAAGAGAGGAACGAACAUCAACUCACAACUUCUUCUCUCUGGUUUCUAGGCCUUUCUGUCCCUCUCUCUUCAUCGUUCUGACGGUUUCGUUUUCGUAUUUGCUUUCUCCCCUGCGUUCUUUGAUUGCUUGUGCUUCUUAUCCUCCCCUUCCUUCGAUUUGACUUCCUCUGAUUUUGAUUCGGUCGCUGCACCUUUCACAUGGCUUUUCUCUAUUGAGUCCGAAGUUGGAACGUAAUUUCAGCCUCCCGGAAGAAACAAUGACUUGGAAAAGCAGAGGUGAGCAACCUUCCAGGAGCCUUGUGUCGAAGAAAGGGGCUCUUUUUCUUUGUCUGGCAAGUUUCUGUGCUGGGAUGCUCUUCACCAACAGGAUGUGGACUAUUCCCGAACCUAGAGGGCUUGCAAGAACAACAGCUACGGAAGCAGAAACAUUGAAUGUGGUCUCUGAGGGUUGUAAUUCAAGAAUUUUGCAAGAGAAGGAAGUGAAGCGUGACGCUAAAAACACAUAUAAGGAAGUUUCCAAGACUAAUAAUGCCAUACAAACUUUGGAUAAAACAAUUUCAAACCUAGAGAUGGAAUUAGCUGCUGCAAGAGCAGCUCAAGAGUCUAUUAGAAAUGGUACUCCUGUAUCAGAAGAUCUUAAGAGAGCUGAAUCACCUGGUAAGAGAAGGUACCUGAUGGUCAUAGGAGUAAAUACUGCUUUUAGCAGCAGGAAAAGAAGAGAUUCAGUUCGUGCCACAUGGAUGCCGCAAGGUGAUAAAAGAAGGAAGCUAGAGAAAGAGAAGGGCAUUGUUGUCCGCUUUGUGAUUGGUCACAGUGCUACUUCGGGGGGUAUCCUAGACAGAGCCAUUGAAGCAGAGGACAACAAGCAUGGAGAUUUCUUGAGACUGGACCAUGUUGAGGGAUACCUAGAAUUGUCCGCAAAGACGAAGACAUACUUUGCGACUGCUGUUAAGUUAUGGGAUGCUGAUUUCUAUGUCAAAGUCGAUGAUGAUGUUCAUGUAAAUAUAGGAACACUAGGAGAAACUCUAGUUAGACACCGUCCAAAACCACGGAUAUACAUUGGUUGCAUGAAAUCUGGCCCCGUCCUUUCUCAAAAAGGUGUGAGGUACCAUGAGCCCGAAUAUUGGAAAUUUGGUGAGAACGGAAACAAAUACUUCCGUCAUGCCACGGGACAGUUGUAUGCCAUUUCAAAAGAUUUGGCUACAUAUAUAUCAAAUAACCAGCAAGUUCUUCACAAGUAUGCUAAUGAGGAUGUCUCACUGGGAGCUUGGUUUAUUGGACUUGACGUGGAGCAUAUAGAUGAUCGAAGACUUUGCUGUGGCACACCUCCAGAUUGUGAGUGGAAGGCCCAAGCAGGCAAUGCAUGUGUUGCUUCAUUUGAUUGGACCUGCAGUGGAAUUUGCAGGUCUGCCGAGAGGAUCAAAGAGAUUCAUAGGCGAUGUGGAGAAGGUGAGAAGGCGCUGUGGAAAGCCUCUUUCUAGGAGGCAACUUGCAGUUCUUCCUAACUCAGGAAGAUUAUCACCACGGUCCACGGCUAUGAAUCGUGGCUGCAAGAUUUUUCUUUUUUUCUUUUUCCCCCUCUAUUUUUUGUCAGUGAAAUUAAAAUAUCAUCUUACGAGAGAGAGAGAGAGAGAGAGAGAGGGCGCGUCCCAUGGACAUUCUGCAUUUUAAUACGAGAGAUUGACCAUGGUAGCGGCCAGAAAAGGGUAUUGAUGUAGUCAACACUCACACCAACAAUUCUUUGAUGCUUGAGGGGCCACCUCCUAUGUUAAUAGUUGCAAGGCUAAUCAAGCUCCUAAUAAAUGCAGAGAUAUAUUUGGCUGGGAGUGGCUGCCUCUCCUUCUGCCUUAAUCUGAUCUUUCUGUCUACCUACAAACUCUUCCAAGUUAAUCUUAACGAUCUUUCCGUUA